ACUUGAAUCCUCAAGAUAAGAUGCAUCGGGCCAAAAAAGCCUGGUUCUCCCAAAGUGUGAGCAGACACAUUUGUGAUAUUUGGGUCAAUGAAGGUGGGAUUAUUACAAAUUGGUGUGCGGCUGAUUUCUUAUUUAGUAACGAUGCUUCUCAUCCUGACACACAGAGAGUCUUUGAAAGUUUGGAUUUUGUGGAGGACAAGGCCACUGUAUUUCAUGCUAGUUAUCUUGUGGCAUGCGAGGAGUCUGGGCUCAGGGGCAGCGUUGCUAUGGGCCAUUUUCUGCUUCCUCCUUCCUGUCUCAUAAAGCCACAUGAAGUUGCAGUUGCUUCAAGAGAGAAACAACGUGAUGUGUGCCAUGGCCCAGUUAAGGGGAGAAUAGAGCAGGUUGAAAUGGAAGCACCCAAUUGUGGAGACAGCAGAAGCCAGCAUUUAGUCAUUGGAACCCCAUCAUUUGAAGCCGCCCCAUGUCAUGUUCAGCAGAUGUACCCUGUCAACAACAUGGUCACCGGUUUUAUCUCUAUUGAUGAACUGAAGAAGUACUCAGGGAAUUUAAACGACUUCAUUCCCGGCUGCGCACAAUAUUCCGUGUGUCGUGUUCAGAGAGAAAGGAACGUCUUCUCACUUUUGAGAUCCAAAAAACGGAAUCCCACCUUCAUUCACACACAUUAACAAAGCAGAAAUUAGCCUCAUUUGGGAGGAUUUCAGUUCAGUUACCUAUGGUGAUUUAAACCUUGGCAUAAUGAGCUGUGCUUCAGUGACUGAUGUCAGAAAUGCAAAGAUUAACCCAGAUCUUUGUUUGCUGUGUAGUUGAAGUUGUAUAAAUUGUAUUUAUAUUUGUCUUCAGUGUUAAAAAGAAAGUGUUGGCUUAAAUGCAUAACUUCUUAGAUUUUUAUAUAGAAUUAAAAAGUAAUAAGAUGUUUGUGUUUCUAUUCAUCUCACGAGGAGAAAUGGUCCUCAUUCUGUGUGCAUAUUCAUUUUCAUAUUUAUUGAGGUCUUUUGUAACUUUAAGCAAUUCUAUCAUAUUGUUCAAACUCCCAUUUUUCGCGACUCUUAUUAAGUGCCUGGUUUGAAUCUGUUGUAGGCUUUUGUUGGAAUGAGAGUGCGAUAAUGGUGGGAGCAGCUGA